AUGGCCUGCACAACGGUAGUCGAAGACCAGCCGGCGACGACGACUGAAGAUUCCCCUAACGGCCCGUUUGAAGGACCGGAAAAGUUGCUCGAACUCUGGUUUGCUCCCUCGGCCGACCAGGUGCCUGUUGACUCUAACAUCGGCAAAAGAUCUGCGGUUUCGAAUGGCCCCAAGCUCUCUGGUCUUCGUACCGUCACCCACGAUCUUUGGCGUGGCAUGUUGGACGAGGUUAAGUGUAAAGUUCUCAGUGUCAUCGAAUCCGACGAAGUCGAUGCUUUUCUGCUUUCUGAAUCGUCGAUGUUUGUCUGGCCACACAAGAUAAUCCUCAAGACAUGCGGCACCACUGGAUUACUUCUGGGCUUAGAUACCCUUCUGAAGAUCGCCAGAGAAGAAUGCGGAUUUUCCGGGGCCUGGCGUUGGUUUUAUAGUAGAAAAGCAUUCAUGUUUCCUGCCCAGCAAUCAGCUCCACAUACCUCUUGGGAAGAUGAGACCAAGUUUUUGGAUCAAAGAUUUGCUCCUCAUGCGACGGCCCAAGUGCUAGGAAACAACCCUUGGUAUCUUUAUCAUAGAACAGCGCCACCUCGAUCCGGCAACGCACCACAGUCAGGUGUGAUCUUAUCGACCCCCGCCCACGCAGACGUCACCCAGUUGAACGGAUCUUCUGAAGCUAUCGAGCCUGAUCAAGUUGGGCGCCUGGCCGAAAGAGACUACACCCUGGAGAUUUUGAUGACAGGCUUAAGCCGACAAGCCGCUAGUCACUUUGAGUCAAGCGAUGAUUUGGGUGAAGGCCAUGAUCCCGGGAUGAAGAUUGCGACGACGCACCAGAUCGAUGCUGCUUCGUUACUCGGAGGUGGCGAGACUGAUGCCUACCUCUUUUCACCCUGUGGCUUCUCGGCCAAUCUGGUCGGUGGUCCAGACAAGAAGCGAUACGGGACGAUCCAUGUGACUCCUGAGCCCUCACACAGCUUUGCCUCAUUUGAAACCAAUGUGGAUUAUACCCAUCGGCAUGAAGAUCUAAAGAAAGUGAUCUCUCGAAUCCUCAAGACCUUCGAACCAAAGAAGACGACGAUCACUCUCUUCAACUCUCAUUCUGAAGAUAGCUCCAACCACGACUGUUCGCACUCUGAUUUAGACCAAAAAUUGGACCAACUUCUUGAGGAAGAUCUAAAAAGUUUGUAUCGACUUGGUGAACAAAAAGAUCAUGAACUUGAUGACUAUAACUUGGCUUAUAUCAGCUUGGAGCGCCGAGAAGAAUUCCCUGAAGAUUGA